GGAACGUCGUUGAUGAGCUAAGGAACGACAAACUAAGUCUCAUGAAAGAAAACUCUGAGUUGCGCGAGAAAAUGUUGAACCUUAGUCUUACUACAUCAGACCUGAAAACUAAAGUAAAAGAUCCUGAACAUGAAAGAGACAGUUUAAUAACAGCACUUAAAUUACAGCAACAGGAUAUCGAACAAAAUCGAACCACCACUCAAAAACGCCUUGCAGAAUGGAAAACAACGUCGGCCACGAAGGACAAAGACAAUCAAGCAUCUGCAACAUUGAACUUGCACAAUAGUUUUGACACCUUAGACGACGAGGUGGACGAAGGAAAUGGGGAACAACAUCCAAGUGUAAUUAACCUUGACAUUAGUCAACAAUCCAAUCCUGAUCAUCAACCAACCGAAGACAAUAACACCUCAACUGGGAGUAAUAACGGCGGAACCUUAACUGGACACAUAACAGAUCGUAGGAACCAAAACAAAGAAAAAUCACGGGAAGCAAAACAAAGCAUAGUCAUCAUCGGUGAUUCCAUUGUAAAACACAUUAUUCCAACAAAAUUGUCUAAGAAAAAG